AUGGACGAAUACAGAAAAAAGAAUCUCUUUUGCGAUGUAAUUCUCGAUGUCAACGGUGCUCAAUUUCCUUGUCAUCGUCUCGUUUUGACAUCCUCCUCUACUUAUUUUCAAGCUAUGUUCAAUGGAAAUUUCAAAGAAAGCAGCUCGAAAACCAUCCCCAUUCAGGACAUCGAUGCCGAAGUAAUGGAAAUCUUGCUGUCCGCUAUUUAUACCAUGCGAAUUCGUUUGCUUCCGAGUAAUGUGUAUUUCGUAUUGAAAGCGAGCCAUGUGCUCCAAUGCGAUAGGAUUUUCAACGCAUGUGUGGACUGUAUUAUCAAGAACGUAGACCGUAUGCUUUAUUUACCUGAAACAUGUGCAUUUGCAAAAACCAUAGGAGCUGAAAAAUUAUAUGAUGCGUGUAUAGGGAGGUUAGCUGGGGUCCCGAGAGUUUGGGGAAAAACUGACGGUUUCUUGGAUCUGUCGUACGAUAUAGUAAAACAUUUACUGUCAAAAGUAAGAAUAUCGUCUAUUAAUCAUUUCGAUGAUGAUAUUAUCGCAGUAAUUAUCAAAUGGUGUAAACAUAAUAACGUUAGUGCGAAGGAUAUGAGGAUGCUCUUGCAAGUUCCUACAUUUGACAAUGUUUCCCCCUUGACAUUAGCAGUUGCUGAACUGAUAGAUGCUGCAAGAAAUGAAGAUAGCAGUCACAGUGUGGGACAUGGAAUUCAAUUCAAUGAUAGUGAUUUGAGCUUAAAUCUUUACUUAGAUUGUAUUGAUCAGAGAUGGCGCGAUUCCGAUUUUUUUAAGGAGUCGUGA